UGAGGUGGCAGCAUGUCUGGCAGAGGCAAGGGCGGGAAGGGGCUCGGCAAGGGGGGCGCCAAGCGCCACCGCAAGGUGCUGCGCGACAACAUCCAGGGCAUCACCAAGCCGGCCAUCCGGCGCCUGGCGCGGCGCGGCGGCGUGAAGCGCAUCUCGGGGCUCAUCUACGAGGAGACGCGCGGCGUGCUCAAGGUGUUCCUGGAGAACGUGAUCCGCGACGCCGUCACGUACACGGAGCACGCCAAGCGCAAGACGGUCACGGCCAUGGACGUGGUGUACGCCCUGAAGCGCCAGGGUCGCACCCUCUACGGCUUCGGCGGCUGAACGCCUCUGUUUUUCAAAACUAAAUUGUACAAACACCAAGGCUCUUUUCAGAGCCACCCACAGAUUUCACAACGAGAGCUGCUUAUUACUGAGUGCGUGCUUUAAACAAUUUCUCAAAACAUUCUGAAAGUCUUACACGAGUUAACAGCAGGCAGUUUCCAAGUUGUAAACCUGUUAGAACACAGAGUUCUUAAUUUGCACUGACGCAUACCUACAUACCACUUGGUAGCAUAUUGUAGUAAAUAAAAAUGUUUUAAGUUUCUUUCAUUAAAUAUGAAAAUGAGACAUA